UGCGUUGAUCCCAGACACGUUCAGACGAACAGCGACAUUCAACAUGGCAGAAGAAGCACCCGCAGCAGCAGCCGCCCCGGCGAAAGCCCCGGCAAAAGCCCCGAAGAAGAAGAGCGCCCCCCGGCCCAAGAAGGAUGGACCCAGCCUCCCCAAGCUCAUCGUGGCCGCCGUGGCCGAGUCCAAGGAGCGCAAGGGAACCUCCCUGGCGGCUCUGAAGAAGGUCCUGGCCGGGAAAGGCGUCGAUGUGACCAAGGCGAACAAGCGCAUCAACACCGCCGUCACCAAGCUGGUCACCGCCGGUACCCUGGCUCAGACUAAGGGCACCGGGGCCUCCGGCUCCUUCAAGCUCGCCAAGAAAGAGCCCAAAGCCGCCGCUAAGCCCGCAAAGAAGGUGGUGAAGAAGAAGGCAGCCACCAAAGUUAAGAAGCCCGCUGCCGCCAAGAAGACCGCACCGGCCAAGAAGACACCUGUUAAGAAAGCAGCCGUCAAGAAGUCGCCCAAGAAGAAGGCAGCGGCCAAGAAACCCGCCGCCGCAAAGAAGGUGGUGAAGAAGAGCCCGAAGAAAGCCGCAGUUAAGAAGCCAAAGGCAGCGAAGAAGACUCCGGUCAAGAAAGCGCCAGCAAAGAAGACCGCAGCCAAGAAGGCCAAGAAGUAAAGCUCUCCUCCAGGGACCCAACAACAACACAAAGGCUCUUUUAAGAGCCACCACAUCCUCCAGUAAAGAGCUCUCUGCCUCACACACUACACAUCACAAUGAUGUUGUCUUGCUAAAUAAGUUUUCCUUCAAUACUGUGUUGCUGAAUUUCAUUAACACAAAUAAUAUUGUGUUGAAAAAUGUGGCUUAGCUUGACUACACAAGUUAUUGCAGUAGUUUUCAGCAUUUACUGAAUAAUAGUUUUAGGUGGAGUCUUGUGGUGGCUACUCCCUGUACAGUUUUGUAUUUAAUAAGUGGUUGUACUUUAUGCUCUUAUAUAUAUUUUUGUAUAUACAUUUUAAGAUAAUAAAAUAU